CACAGAGGGUGCAGCUUUGCCACGGUGCCCACGGUGCGCACGCGCCUGCGCAUGGUCGCCCCGGUAUGGCGGACUCAGGUGAGAAAGCCGAGUUUGCCGAGGAGGACCAGGAUCACGAGGGCAUGGAGUCGCCUUCGAGGACAGACGACGACCUGAGCGUGAGCUCGAAACGAAGUAAAAGCCGGGAGUCGAAGAAAUCGACGAAGGAGAAGAGGUCAGGCACCAAGAAGAGCUCCAAGUCAAAACGCAAAGGCUCCAAAGAGUCCAAAGCCUCCAAGGAUCCCGCGGAGGGCUUGAUGAGCCCCACGAGCCGCCUCUCACAGUGCCUCAUCGUAGACUUCGACAUCACCGCGCCUCCCGAAGGCUUUGAGGAUGACUUCUUCGACCUCCCAAGUGGUGCUCGCAUGGCCGACCUGAAGUUGCAGCUGUCGAAGCCCACGAGCGCUCUGUGGAUGCGCAUCAAAGACCGCCUGGAGCGCACCAUCGGAGCCGACGCGAUGAAGACCUACGAAGUUGCAGAAGCAGCAAAGCCAGUACCAAAGACCAAGCAUCGGAAGGACUUUAGCAUCCAAGAUGAGCUGAACCUCCGUGAAGCCCCCAAGGAUACGGGCAACGCCUACUUCAUGAAGGGCUUCUCUUCGCAGACAGCUCCUUUCCAGGGCGUCCGUCCAAACUUGCUGCCGGUGAUCUCUCAAGACAAGGUGACCAUUGACAAGGCGAUGCUGCCUGCCUUGUACCAACCUUUCCGGACGGAGAGGGAGCAUCCCUAUGGUUUGGAAGAUCCAUCAGUCCUUCUUCCGCGAGGUGCAUUAAAGCAGCCACCCCCCGAUGAGGGCCGCAUCUUCCGGCUGGUGACCCAGGAAGUGCCGGAGCCCCGGGCGACGGUGGUGCACCGCCACUUUGGGCGACAGGCUCCGACUCCAACUUCGCCCUCUUGAGGUCUCACCCAUAACUCGUGUCUUGCGGAGUUCAGCGAGACUCGCCCACUUCUGGCGGAUGAGCCAAGUGGAGAAGCGGUCGAAGGUGACAGAGGGGCGGCGACAGAGGGGCUGAAGAGGGAUCAAAC